AUGUCAAGCUCGCAAUCCUGGGUUCCCGUAUCCCCCACGAGCCACUUCUCGCUGGCCAACAUCCCCUUCGGCAUCAUCUCCUCAAAGUCGGACCCGACUCAUCGGCCCGCGGUCGCCAUUGGAGACCAUGCCCUGGAUCUCAAAGCCUUCGCAAACGCUGGCGGCUUCGAUGCCCUGCCCUCGAUCCACAAGCACAUCUCCGUCUUCUCCUCGCCAACACUGAACGAGUUCGCCGCCCUGGACCGGCCCGUCCACCGCCAAGUGCGGGCGUAUCUUCAGUCCGUCCUCAGCGACAGCACCCCGCACGCCGGCCUGCUCAAGGACAACGCCGACAUGCGCCAGGCGGCCAUUCUCCCCUUCUCCGAGGUCCGGAACCACCUGCCCAUGGCCAUUGGCGAUUACACCGACUUCUACGCCGGCAAGAACCACGCGUACAACGUAGGCGUCCUCUUUCGCGGCCCGGACAACGCCCUGCAGCCAAACUACGUGCACCUCCCCGUCGCCUACCACGGCCGCGCCAGCAGCGUCGUCGUCUCUGGCACGCCCAUCCGCCGGCCCUGGGGUCAGAUUCUUAGGGACCCCAAGGCCGAGCCCAAGGUACCCGCACUCGCGCCCUGCGAGAGGCUCGACAUCGAACUCGAGUUGGGCAUGUUUGUGUGCCGCGAAAACAAUCUCGGCGAGCCUGUUCCGGUCGAUCAGGCCGAGGAGCACAUUUUUGGCUACGUGCUCAUGAACGACUGGAGCGCCCGCGACAUCCAGGCUUGGGAGUACGUCCCCCUGGGUCCUUUCACCUCAAAGAACCUCGGCACAAGCAUCAGCCCUUGGGUCGUGCUCGCCGACGCCCUCGCCGGGGCAAAGACAGCCGGCCUCGAGAACAAGACGGAGCUGCUGCCCUACCUCCGCGAGAGCAGGAAAGACAAUACCCUUGACAUCGAGCUGGAAGUCGAAAUCAUCACCGCCAGCGGGAACAAGACGACGCUCAGCCGCACCAACUCCAAGAACCUGCUCUGGUCGUGGCCGCAGAUGAUUGCGCACCACACCAUCACCGGCUGCAACUUGCGACCAGGCGACAUGUUUGGUUCGGGGACCAUCUCGGGCGCCGAUCCCGGCACCGAAGGCAGCAUCCUCGAACAGACAAAGGGAGGCAAGCAGGCCGUGAAGCUCAACGGAGGAGAGGAGAGGAAGUUCCUCCAGGACGGAGACACGGUAAUCAUCCGCGGCUGGAGCGGGCAGAAGGGCGCGAUCGUCGGGUUCGGCGAAGUAUCUGGCCAGAUUGAAGCCCCCUUGAAGCUUUUCUAG